AUGGAGGGCAAAUCUCACCACAUCUAUCUCUUCGGAGACCAGACGGGUGAUUUUGAGAACGGUCUCCGUGGUCUGCUGCAGGCGAAGAACCAUCCGGUUGUCUCGUCGUUUUUCCAGAGAUGCUAUCACGCCGUGCGCCAGGAGAUUGCCGCCCUGCCUCCGUCGGAACGGAGCAGAUUCCCUCGGUUCACCAGCAUCGUGGACCUGCUCGCCAGACACUGCGAGUCGAGAGGCAACCCGGCCAUAGAAAGCGCAUUGACGUGUAUCUACCAGUUAGGGUGUUUUAUCAAUUAUCAUGGAGACCUGGGCCAUGCCUAUCCGUCGAGCUCCAAAAGUCACAUUAUCGGCCUCUGCACUGGCCUCCUCAGCUGUGCGGCCGUCAGUUCUGCCAGGAACAUAGGCGAACUGCUGCAACCGGCCGUUGCAGUUGUCGUCGUGGCGCUGCGGCUGGGACUGUGUGUCCUGCGAGUCCGUGGCCUGGUCGACCAAGACCCAUCAGCGUCUGGCAGCUGGGCCGCUUUAGUAUCCGGGAUUAACGAACAAGAAGGCCGAGAGCUGAUCACGAAAUUCUGCCAGCAAAGAGUCACUCCUCCUUCAUCUCAACCAUAUAUUAGUGCCGUGUGCUCAAACACAUUAACUAUCAGCGGCCCGCCCAAGGUCCUGGACGAGCUGGUCCAAACGACUCUGGCGAAAGAGUCCCGGGUCACUCGGGCUUCGAUCCAUGGCCCCUACCAUGCGGCUCAUCUGUAUGAUGAGCGUGAUGUCGAGAGAAUUCUGGAAACCUGCGACAACGACGCGGUGCUUUCUCUCAAGCCGCACAUUCCGGUGCUGUCCAGCAACACCGGAGAGCCGAUUGUCGCCCACAGCAUGAACGACUUCCUCAAGGCGGCGCUGGAAGAGAUUCUAGUGCGCCAACUUUGCUGGGACCGCGUGACGGACGCCUGUGCAGCCGUCGUCUUGAAAUCCGCCAAUAAUCGCACCACGACCAAGAUAUUCCCGGUUGCCACCACGGCCACGCAGAGUCUGUUCACGGCCCUCAGGAAAUCCGGCUUGUCGAAUGUCCAGGCGGACGGAGGCAUGGGGGGGGAGCCGGCUCCAGCGUCGUCUCAGGGCCGUAAUAAUAAUAAUAAUGACACCGGCCGAGCCGAGCUUUCCAAGAUCGCCAUCAUCGGAAUGUCAGGGCGAUUCCCAGAGGCCGACAGCCCCCAGGACUUCUGGAACCUGUUGUACAAGGGUCUCGACGUGCACCGCAAAGUGCCAGCCGAGCGCUGGGACGCCGACGCCCAUGUGGACCCCACGGGCACGCAAAGGAACACCAGCAGAGUGCCCUAUGGGUGUUGGAUCCGCGAGCCGGGCCUGUUCGAUCCGCGGUUCUUCAACAUGUCGCCGCGGGAGGCGCUGCAGGCGGACCCUGCCCAGCGGCUUGCGCUUCUGACAGCGUACGAGGCCUUGGAAAUGGCCGGGUUCAUCCCGGACAGCACGCCGUCGACCCAGCGGGACCGCGUGGGCAUCUUCUACGGCAUGACGAGCGACGACUACCGCGAGACCAAUAGUGGGCAAGACAUCGACACAUACUUCAUCCCCGGCGGGAACCGGGCCUUCACGCCCGGCCGAAUCAAUUUCUACUUCAAGUUCAGCGGGCCCAGUGUCAGCGUGGACACGGCUUGCUCGUCCAGUCUGGCGGCUAUUCACUUGGCCUGUAAUUCCAUCUGGCGCAAUGACUGCGACGCCGCCAUCACCGGCGGCGUCAACAUCCUGACCAACCCAGACAACCACGCGGGUCUGGACCGCGGCCAUUUCCUGUCCAGAACCGGCAAUUGCAACACCUUCGACGACGCCGCCGAUGGAUACUGCCGAGCCGACGGCGUGGGCACCGUGAUUCUCAAACGCCUCGAAGAUGCCCAGGCAGACAACGACCCGAUUCUGGGGAUCAUCAAUGGCGCCUAUACCAAUCAUUCGGCCGAGGCUGUCUCGAUCACCCGGCCCCAUGUCGGGGCCCAGGCCUUUAUCUUCAAGAAGCUGCUCAACGAGGCCAACGUCGACCCCAAGAGCAUCAGCUAUGUGGAGAUGCACGGCACUGGAACGCAGGCCGGCGAUGCCGUCGAGAUGCAAUCCGUGCUGGACGUCUUUGCCCCAGACCACAGCCGUGGGCCGGCCCAGUCCCUGCACCUGGGCUCUGCGAAGUCCAAUAUCGGGCACGGCGAGUCCGCCUCGGGCGUGACCUCUCUGGUCAAGGUGCUCAUGAUGAUGAAGGAAAAUAUGAUCCCGCCGCAUUGCGGCAUCAAGACCAAGAUCAACCACAACUUCCCCACGGAUUUGCCGCAACGCAACGUCCACAUCGCCUUGCAGCCGACUCCGUGGAACCGGCCGGCGUCCGGGAAACGCAGUGUCUUCCUGAACAACUUCUCUGCCGCCGGAGGCAACACCGCGCUGUUGCUCGAGGACGCCGCUCCGCUGCCGACCUCGGCAGGGCUGGACGAUGCGGCGGCGGAUCCUCGACGGGUCCAUGUGGUGACUGUCUCGGCGAGGUCCCAGACAGCCCUCCGGAAUAACGUCAGCGCUCUGGUGAAAUACAUCGACGACCAGGCCAAGUCGUUCGGCGUCAGGGAGGCGCACUUUGUCCCCAGUUUAUCCUACACCACGACUGCGCGCCGCAUCCACCACCCCUUCCGGGUCACGGCCGUGGGUUCCAGCCUGCAUGAGAUCCGGGACGCCCUGAGCACGAGCUCGCAGCGCGAGGUCGCCGCGGUGGUGCCGACCAAGACGCCCGGGAUCGGGUUUAUUUUCACGGGCCAGGGCGCCCAGUAUGCGGGAAUGGGCAAGCAGCUCUACGAGACCUGCGCGACCUUCCGCGCGACCAUCCAGCACUUCGACUGCAUCGGCCGGCGCCAGGGGUUCCCUUCCAUCCUGCCUCUCGUCGAUGGCAGCGUCGCCGUUUCCGACCUCAGUCCCGUGGUCGUCCAGCUCGGGACGACCUGCGUGCAGAUGGCCUUGACCAGUUUCUGGUCCUCCUUGGGGGUCGUUCCUGGCUUCGUCAUGGGCCACAGCCUGGGCGAUUUUGCGGCGUUGAAUGCCGCCGGGGUGCUUUCCACGAGCGAUACCAUCUACGUGUGUGGUCGUCGCGCUCAGCUCCUCACAGAGCAAUGCGAGGUCGGAACCCACGCCAUGCUCGCCGUGAAGGCGUCCCUGGUGGAGAUCAACCCGCUCCUCACGGACGGCGUCCACGAUGUCGCGUGCAUCAACUCGCCCUCUGAGACCGUCAUCAGCGGCCCGCGAGCCGCCAUCGAGGCGCUGAGCGAAGCCUGCUCCUCCGCAAAGACGUUGCGGUCCACCAAACUGACUGUGCCUUACGCGUUCCAUUCGGCCCAGGUGAGCCCGAUCCUGGACGGUCUCGAAAAGGCCCUGCAAGGCGUGACGUUCAACAAGCCCAGGAUCCCGUUCGUUUCAGCCCUCCUCGGGGAAGUCAUCAGCGAAGCGAACGCGCGGAGUGUGCUUGCGGCCAACUACCUGGUGCGGCACUGCCGCGAACCAGUCAACUUCCUGAGCGCCGUCGAAGCAACGAGAAACGCGAAACUCAGCGUCGACCAGACCCUUUGGCUCGAGGUGGGACCGCACCCGAUCUGCUCGGGCAUGGUCAAGGCCACCCUGGGUCCGCAGACAACAACGCUGGCGUCCCUUCGCCGCGACGAAGAUACCUGGGCGGUCCUCUCCGCAAGUCUGUCGACUCUCCACUUGGCCGGAAUCGACAUCAACUGGAAGCAAUACCACCAGGACUUCAGCGCCAGCCAUCGAGUGCUGUCCCUCCCGGCUUACAAGUGGGAUCUCAAGAACUACUGGAUCCCCUACGCCAACAACUUCUGUCUCACCAAGGGCGCUGCUCCGUUGGCUGCUGCUGCUGCUGCGCCCGCCGCGAAUACGGUGGUGUCGAUCUCGGCGCAGAAAGUCAUCGAGAGCCGGGAUGACGGGACGUCAGCCACGGUGGUGGUGGAGAAUGAUAUUUCGGACCCAGAGCUCAAUCGAGUCAUCCAGGGGCACAAGGUUAACGGAGCUGCUCUGUGUCCAUCGUCUCUGUAUGCCGAUAUUGCCCAAACCCUAGCAGACUACCUCAUCGAACAAUACAAACCCGAGUUCAAGACGGCAGGGCUCGACGUGUGCAACAUGACGGUGCCCAAACCGCUGAUUGCAAAAACCGGCAAGGAGCGCUUCCGGGUCUCUGCGACGGCCAGCUGGGCCGAGAAGCGCGCAACCGUCCAGGUCUGGUCCGUCACAGCGGCAGGCAAGAAGAUCCUCGACCACGCCAGCUGCGAGGUGCGGUUCUUCGAUUGCGCUGCGUCCGAGCUCGAGUGGAAGCGCAGCUCGUAUCUCAUCCAGAGAAGCAUCGAGCGUCUGGAAGAGCAUGCGGUGAGCGGAGAGGCUCAUCGCCUGCGCCGCGGCAUGGUGUAUAAGCUCUUUGCGGCGCUCGUGGACUACGACGAGAACUACCGGUCCAUCCGCGAGGUGAUUCUCGACAGCGAGCAGCACGAAGCCACGGCGUGGGUCAAGUUCCAGGCACCGCCGGCCAACUUCCAUCGCAACCCGUUCUGGAUCGACUGCUUUGGACAUCUCUCCGGGUUUAUUAUGAAUGCCAGCGACGCCACGGACUCGAAGAACCAGGUGUUUGUGAACCAUGGCUGGGACUCGAUGCGCUGCUUGAAGAAGUUCUCGCCGGAUAUCACCUACCGCACCUAUGUGAGAAUGCAGCCGUGGAAGGAUUCCAUCUGGGCCGGCGACGUGUACAUCUUUGAUGGAGAUGAUGUGGUUGCGGUGUUUGGGGGGGUUAGGUUCCAAGCCCUCGCUCGAAAGAUCCUAGACACUGUGCUCCCUCCACCGGGGGCUUCCAAGACCGCUGCACCAAGACAAGCGGCAACGUCUCACAAGCCGACGCCCAGUUCCGGCGGCAUGGCUCGACCGAACGCCCCGGUCCCCUCCAAGUCGUUUAUCAAAUCCAGCGGUCCCAGCGUUGUCGUGCGCGCCUUGAAGAUCCUGGCGUCCGAGGUGGGCUUGUCCGAGUCCGAUCUCACCGACGACCUCACCUUUGCAGACUACGGCGUCGACUCGCUGCUGUCUCUGACCAUCACGGGCCGAUACCGUGAAGAGCUGGGCCUGGAUCUGGAGUCCUCCGUGUUCAUGGACCAGCCCACCGUGCGGGACUUCAAGCACUUUGUGGCCCAAGUGAGCCCCUCAGAGAGCAGCGACGGAUCAUCCUCGUCCACCGAGCCCGAAUCCGACUACUCCUUCCGCGAGGGCUCAUCGUUGUCGAGUACCACCAGCGCCGGGUCUUCUGGCACGUUGUCCCCGCCAAACGAGAAGAUCGCGCCGGUAGCCGUCAAGGAAAGCAGCAGCAGCAGCAGCAGCAGCAGCAGCAGCACCCUCAAGGAAAUCCGGACCAUUCUCGCGGACGAAAUCGGCAUCCCGGAGACAGACCUCCAGGGAACCGAGAACCUGGCCGAGAUGGGCAUGGACUCGCUUCUGUCCCUUACGGUUCUCGGCAGAAUCCGAGAAACGCUGGGGAUCGACCUGCCGGGGGAAUUCUUCAUCGAGAACCAGACACUCAGCGAUAUCGAAGAAACCCUAGGUCUGAAGCCCAAGGCGGCGGCGGCGGCGGCGGCGGCGGCGGCCAUGCCAGGCCUUCCCAUGCCAGAAGCCAUCCCACUGCUCCAGGAAGAAGACGAAGAGGUGUCUCCAAUGACAACGCCAAAAGUCCAACCCAGCGAUAUCAGCAACAACCAGCACAACCACCCCCCCGCCACCUCCAUCCUCCUCCAAGGCAACCCGCAAACCGCCACCACAACGCUCUUCCUCUUCCCCGACGGCUCCGGGUCCGCCACAUCCUACGCCGCAAUCCCGCGGGUGUCGCGCGACAUCUGCAUCUACGGCCUCAACUGCCCCUACAUGAAAACCCCCGAGCAGCUCACCUGCAGCCUGGACGACCUGACAACCCCCUACCUCGCCGAGAUCCGCCGGCGCCAACCCAGGGGCCCCUACAACCUGGGCGGCUGGUCCGCGGGCGGGAUCUGCGCGUACGACGCGGCCAAAACCCUCAUCCUCCAGCACGGCGAGCAAGUCACGCACCUGCUCCUGCUGGACUCGCCGUUCCCGAUCGGACUGGAGAAGCUGCCGCCGCGCCUGUACGCGUUCUUCGACUCCGUGGGCCUCUUCGGCCGCCAGGGCCAGGGGGAAAACGCGGCCCCGCCGCCUGCCUGGCUGCUCCCGCAUUUCCUCGCCUUCAUCGACGCCCUCGACAGCUACGCGGCCAAGACCACCCCGCUGCCCUUCACCGACGCCCGAUGGGCCCGCAAGAUGCCGCGCACGCAUCUGAUCUGGGCCAAGGACGGCGUGUGUGCGAACCCGGGCGAUCCGUGGCCGCAGCCCGCGGCCGAUGGCAGCAAGGACCCCAAGGAGAUGGUCUGGUUGCUUCGCAAUCGCACCGAUCUUGGUCCGAACCGGUGGGAUACGCUCGUGGGACCGCAGAAUAUCGGGCAGAUCGCGGUGAUGGAGGGCGCGAAUCAUUUCAGCAUGACGCGGGGGGAGAAGGCGAAGGAGUUGGCCUUGUUUAUGGAAAGGGCGUUGUCAUGA